AUGAAAAUAGAAUCACUACUAAAACAAAGUCCUAAUAAUACCUUUUUAAAAAAAAACUCUUCUAACAUUACGUUUGACAAAAACGAUGAAGGCAAAUUUGAAAUAAGCGGUAAUUGGCCAGAAGCUAUAAAUAGACUUGUUACAGAAACUGAUAAGCGUGUGGAAAAAAUUGACCUCACUCAAUUAUUGGAAUGUGAUUUCUCAACAACAACUUCAAGCUCCUUAACAGCAAGCCGUAUCGUGUUAUUAGAUAUGGUUAAGGCUUACUUUAAUUUUGGGUUCGUGUGCGGUUGUGGAAUUCCAAAAGUAACACUUGAAGGUACACUUGAAGAUUGGACAAAACUUCAAGAAAAAGUUCUUAAAUUAAGAAACUUAAAUUUAGAAUUAGAUUUUUGGUUGAAUCGCCUUGAACCAGUGAUUUGGAAAUUAGUAGAGACUUAUCGUGGUGAAGUUGAUGAAGAGUUUUGGAGUAAGGUUAUGAGCAUGAGAUCGUAUGGUUCUGGAGGAGAAGCUAUAGUUACAGGAUGGAUUUCAGCUUUCUUUCCUUAUGAUCGUACAGGACAAGCUUUACAUUCCAAUUCUAUAGACCGUGCCGAUAUUCCAGAUGGUGUAGUAGAGGUUCCGUUUACUGCGGAUAUUGAGUCGUCUUUUUCUUUGAAAUUUAUAGCUGGAUUUAUUGGAUCUAAUCAAGAAAUUAUUGAAAAUUUGGGUAGUGAACCUGUUGUGUCUCCUGUGAUUGGGUGGGCUGUUAUUGAUGAUAAACCUACCAAACGUUGUUGUUCGAGAUGUAAACAAAUAUAUUACUGCUCUAAAGAAUGUCAAAAAAAUGACUGGAAAACACAUAAAAAACAUUGUGAAAAUUCGUCAACUGUUAUCAAAACAAUUGAAGUCACUAAUAAUACGAAAGUAGAAACGUCAAAUCCUACUUAUUUUAUGAAUUUUAAUUUGAAUCCAAUCUGGCUAAAGAUAGCAAUAAUCGGUGAUAGUGAUGUUGGAAAAACGACCCUUGCUCGUCGUGCUUUUUAUUCUUCCAGUAUGUAUUAUCAACAGUUUUAUUUCCCUUUAGCACCUUUUGAUUGGUAUCCAAGUGGUCAUUACUUCGUUUAUUCAAUAUAUGAUGCAAUUGGUCAUUUUGAACUCGGGGAACUUGAUCGUAAGAUCGAAUAUGAAGAUACUGGCGCAAUUAUUCUAUGCUUUGCAUUAGAUGAUCCACAAACAUUAACUAAUAUCGAGAAAAUAUGGAUUCCUGACAUUAAAAGAAAUUUUCCAUAUAAGAUGCCACCUUUAUUAUUGGUUGGGAAUAAUAAACAAAUACAGGACUCGAUACCGAUUCUUGAUGAUGAGAAUUUUACAUUUGCUAAAUUUUUCAAAAGUGUUGAAGAAGAAAGGAAUAGAAAAAAUAGGGGUAAGGAAUUUGUAAAUAGAGAACAGGCAGAAGAAGUUGCAAACCGGAUUGGAGCUAUCGAAUAUGUGCAAGUUAAUCCAAUGAAUGAGAAAAAUUGUAAUAAAGUAUUUGAUAAAAUUUCUCUGGCUUGUGUUCCAAAAGUGAGAAAACCACAUAAUGAGAAUGAUCCCUUUGCUGAAACGAAGAUUAAUCAAGAAUCAAAUGCGAAUAAUUCUUUUGCUGAACCGAAAAUUAAUCAAGAAUCAACUGCGAAUGAUCCCUUUACUGAAACAAAGGUUAAUCAAGAAUCAAACUUGAAUUUACAAUGGCUUGAGAAUAACUUCAAGCCUGAAACAGUUUUAAUUAAAUUAUUUCUUUAUAUAUUUGUUUUCUUAAUCAUUUUCUUUGUUUUUUAUGAAAUUAUCCUCACUAUAAUUGUAAUUAUUAUGAUUAUCACUAUUUUUAUCGGUGCAAAAAAUCUUAACCAGGCAAUCAAUUAA